AUGGCAGCAGUGGCUCCGUCGGGCGGAGGCCCAUCAAACGCUGCUUUUCGCGACAAGGAGAAGCCGCUGGCUGUGCGCUCGGCCAACAUCGUCGCCGCACGAGCUGUCGCCGAUGCUAUCCGUACCUCCCUCGGCCCUCGCGGCAUGGACAAGAUGAUUCGCAGCGGCAAGGGCGAAACCAUCAUCACCAACGACGGCAGCACCAUGCUCAAGAGCAUGGCCGUACUGCACCCCACCGCGAAGAUGCUGGUCCAGCUGUCGCACGCACAGGAUGUGGAGGCUGGUGACGGCACGACGUCCGUUGUGGUUAUCUGCGGCAGCCUGCUCGGCGCCGCCGACCGCCUGCUGUCCAAGGGCAUCCACCCCUCUGUCAUCUCCGAGUCUUUCCAGCGCGCGGCCGCGGCCGCUGUCAAGAUCCUGCACGGCAUGUCGCAGCCCGUGGCCCUGACCGACACAUCUGCGCUGCUGCAGGCCGCCAACACGUCGCUGUCGUCGAAGAUUGUGUCCCAGUACGCCAACUUGCUCGGUCCCAUGGCCGUCAACGCCGUCACCAAGACGAUCGACCUUAAGACGGCCGACAACGUUGACCUGCGCAACAUCCGUGUCGUCAAGAAGGUCGGCGGCACAAUUGAGGACAGCGAACUGGUCGAUGGCCUCGUCCUGACGCAGCCCGUGCUCAAGAACGCCGGCGGCCCCACCCGCAUCGAGAAGGCCAAGAUUGCCCUGGUUCAAUUCCAGCUGUCGCCCCCCAAGCCAGAUGCAAUCAACGACUACCGCCAGAUGGACAAGAUCGUCAAGGAGGAGCGCUUGUACCUACUGAAUAUGGUCAAGAAGAUCAAGAAGGCCAAGUGCAACGUCCUUUUGAUCCAGAAGUCCAUUUUGCGUGACGCUGUUAACGAGCUCUCCCUGCACUUCCUGGCCAAGCUUGGCAUCCUUGCCAUCAAGGACAUUGAGCGCGACGAGGUCGAGUUUAUCUGCAAGUCUACCGGCUGCAAGCCCAUUGCCGACAUCGACUCGUUCGCUGAGGACAAGCUGGGCAGCGCCGACCUGGUUGAGGAGGUCACGUCGUCAGGCUCGCGUCUCGUCAAGAUCACCGGCACGGCCAAUAGCUUGGUGUCGGGCUCGUCGUCGUCCUCUGCGUCGGCCAGCGGUUCGGCUGCUGCCGCCGCUGGCAUCACAGGCCGCACCGUGUCGGUUGUGGUGCGUGGUGCCAACAGCCUCAUUCUCGACGAGGCGGAGCGGUCUCUGCACGACGCUCUGUGCGUGGUGCGGUGCCUGGUCAAGAAGAAGGCGCUGAUUGCCGGUGGUGGGGCACCGGAGAUUGAAAUUGCCGCCCAGCUGAGCAAACAAGCGCGUGCGCUGACGGGCACGGAGGCCAUCUGCUGGAAGGCGUUUGCAGAGUCGCUUGAGGUGAUUCCGACGACGCUGGCAGAGAACGCCGGCCUGAACCCUAUCAAGGUUGUCACCGACCUGCGGCACCGUCACGAGAAGGGCGAGGUGAACGCGGGUGUCAGCAUCAAGUCGGGCGGUGUCAACACCAACAUUGCCAAGGAGAACGUUCUGCAGCCCUUGUUGGUGAGCACGAGCUCGAUUGAGCUGGCGGCCGAGACUGUCAAGAUGAUUCUGCGGAUAGACGACAUUGCCCUGAGCAGAUAA